CGGAAACGUGUGUAAUGGAUUCAUUCAUUCAAGAAUAAUUUUAUGCGAUUAAAUAUGAUGGACAGUUAAAUGGAUUAUCACCAGAGCACAGAAUGGCUGUUGGAAAAUAUAGUUUAAAGCUUCAUUUACCCGGCAGAAUUGAAGGGUGGCUUAAUAUUUGGGAAGUGGACCAUCAUCAAGAAUGUCGAUUAUUUUAUGAUGGAAUUCAGCCGUCGCCUGUUUGGGAAGCAAAGUUUGUUGUUUUACAGACAGACAUCUGCUCACUGACUAGUCACAAUACAGAAGAGUCUGCGAAUCAUAUGCGAUACCAGAGCUAUCCGAGGUUAAGAUUAGAUGGAGGUAAAGAGGAGUUUGAUAAACGUUGGGGUUACGAAACAUUGGAAUGUAUCAAAGAAAAUGCUAUACAACAUUCACCUAGAGCCUCGGCAGAAAGUUUUUUCCGAUCAAGAACAUUAGAGCUGAGAAAUGAAAGCCUGCCAGAUUUGAGUAAAAGUUUGGAUUUUGAUACAGGAAGAGGGCAGACUUUCUUCCGCAAGAUUUUCAAUACAUCAUUUGAGAGGUUAAAUGAGAGACGAGGGAGUGCACCAUUAGUUUCUACAGGAUUCGUCGGAGAAGAUAUGAUGGAUACUCCAUCAUCCACCUCGUCUAAAUUGGCGAGUUUUUUCUCUAAGAAAGGAUUUCGUUCGAAUCUUAAAAGAACUAAAAGUGUGACUAAGUUAGAUAGAAAAAGAUCAGCGUCAAAUGUUUGUGAAAAUGAUACCGGUUCAUUUGUCGGAUCCUUGAAGAGAACUAUGAGUCUGGGGCGAUUAAACCGUAAACGCAACAUGCCAAAUAAAUCAGAUCAUAUCAGCAGCACCAAUGACGUCUCUGUUUCCACAACUGACGAUAUUAAUGCCACUCAUCACCAUAACUUCCCAUGUGAGUGUGUCAAACGUACACCUGAAAAUCUUCAAACCUGGUCUUUAAUCAGUUCGAGGAUUAGAACAUCCAGGUCUCAUGAGUCCUUGUUAACCAGUCCUGCCAGUAUGCAUUCAAUAGACCUCUCAUCCCCAGAUAUUCACAUAAAGCCCUUACAUACAAGCGUAUUGGGACACGACCAUUGUUUUCAAGUCUCAACACAUCAUGGUAGUAAAUAUAUAUCGUGUCGUACAUCAGAGGAACGAGACAAAUGGCUUGACAGUUUACGAAAAACGGUGAAACCAAAUCAGGAACAUUGUCGGCGUACAGAUAAUUCUUUAAAACUCUGGUUGGUGGAAGCUAAAAAUGUAUCUUCUAAAAAACGGUAUUUCUGUGAAAUAUAUUUAGAUAAAACAUUAUAUGCGAGAACAUCAACCAAGAUGAAAUCUGAGAUGUUAUUUUGGGGAGAACAUUUUGAAUUUAGUAAUCUACCACCUGUUGAUGUGAUAACUGUUAAUUUAUUCCGGGAAGCAGACAGAAAGAAGAAAAAAGAUAAAAAUACCUUAUUAGGUUAUAUUAAUAUUCCUAUAGCUGAAAUAGGUAACAGACAAUAUGUGGAAAAAUGGUAUACAGCGAUGUCAGGAACAGUAGGUAAAGCGGGUAAAGAUACAAAGACCGAUUUACCAAUUAUACGAUUAAAAGCCAGAUAUCAGACAGUUCACAUAUUACCACUGGACCUCUACUCAGAUUUUAUCAACUUUUUACAGUCUGAUUAUUGUAAAUUAUGUGAAGGUUUAGAACCAAUCGUUAAUGUCCGUGACAAGGAAGACAUAGCAACCACGUUGAUACAUAUCAUGCAGAAAUUAGGUCUAGCUCAACAAUUCUUAUCUGAUGUUGUCAUGACAGAAAUAUACAGAUUAGAUAACGAACAUUUAACAUUCCGAGGUAACAGCCUAGCUACUAAAGCAAUGGAAGCUUACAUGAAACUAGUCGGAGAAAAGUUCCUUCAUGAUACAAUUGGAGAUUAUGUGAGAAACCUGAUUGAAUGUCACGAUGAUUGUGAGGUCGAUCCAACUAAAGUCAGUAACAUAGCUACAUUGCAAUGUCAUCAGAAAAAUCUUGAAAUGUAUUGUCAAAUGGCAUGGGCAAAAAUUAUGAAUUCUUACUGUUACUUUCCCAGUGAAUUAAGAGAGGUAUUUUCUAGUUUCCGUGAGAGAUGUAUAGAUCAUGGUAAAGAAGAUAUCAGUGAUAAUUUAAUUAGUGCUUCGAUAUUUUUACGAUUUCUGUGUCCAGCAAUUUUAUCACCUAGUCUAUUUAAUUUAACACAAGAAUAUCCACAAGAAAGAGCGGCAAGAAAUUUAACGUUGAUAGCUAAAACUAUUCAAACGCUUGCUAACUUUACAAAAUUUGGUGGUGGUAAAGAAGAAUAUAUGACAUUUCUAAAUGGUUUCGUGGAAAGAGAAUCAAAUAGUAUGAAAACCUUCCUCAAACAAAUAUCAAGUUUAGAUGGAGGAAAUCAGUUUUUAGAAUUUGAUGGAUUUAUAGACAUGGGGAGAGAAAUCUCUAUUUUACAUUCAAUGUUACAAGAAAACUUAGACAAGGCUUCAGAGGAAUCAGUGAAAAAAUUGUCAAAGUUAAAAUCCAUUUUAUCUCAGAUCAGUGCUGCGAUAGAUGAUCCUACGAUUGGUCGAACGAUGAAACAUAAUCGUAAAAGUCAAGUCUACGAUAAUCUAGUCAAUGUACCAAGUUCCCACAAUGCUACAUCACCCACAAAAGCUUUACGGGAUUUGUUAGAGCAGUGUGGAGAAGACCUUCCUAUCAUUCAACAGCUGAACAGACAAUCGUCACAAAAUGACGUCUUAAAAGAAUCUCGUGAUUAUAGUGCUAAGCCUGUGAAACUUUCCAGUAGAUUUGACUCUCGUUCUGCAACCUACACUCCGAGAUCUAGUGAGGUGUCGAACGUGUCUGCACGAUCAAGGAAAAUUGAUGAAGAUCUUGUAAAUCAGUCUUGGAAUCAAAUGGUCAGUGUGGCCGAUAGUGUUAAUAAUGGAGGAGAAUAUUUAGACUUAAUUCCUUUUAUGGAUGAGGAUGCUCAGAAUUCCUCCAUGGAAAUGGACCAUAACACCCAUGGAAGCCAAGUUUCUAUUGGUCAACUCUCAACCAUAGCUUCCUCUGGUUAUCAGUCAUUUAGUUAUAGCCAGUCAAAUUCCCCGAUAGACUCUAAUGGGCAAGAGGAUAGAACAGCACAUGAAACAUCUAAGUCACCACCAGCUCUGGGCUACACGUAUCCGCUUCAAUUCUCUAAUCCUCUGUACUCACAUCAGCUGACCAGCAAUUCGUCAUCUUCAUGUCGCCGCACACUAACUCCAUCAUCAUCCACAUAUCAAGCAUCAAGUGACAGUUCAAUAAAUAGUGCUGAUGAAACGAGCUCUGUCAGACAACCAAACCCAAUCGUUAAAAACGACUGUGGUAAAUCCCAGAAUCCUCUCCACCAAUUGUCUCAGUUAUCAUCAAGUUCCUCUAGUUGUGAGUCGUUAACAGAACAGCCAGUUUACGGCAACAGCAGAUCGUGUUCCUCCUCUAGCAGUUCAGUCAAAUUUUCAAUGAUGCAAACAGGAUCGAGUCCUGCUCAUUCGCACAGCACACCACGCAUGGACCGUGUAUUGUCGAGACAUCGUGACACUCUGCCUCACGACCAUUCUGAAGGCCGAUCACGACCAUACCAUCUGUCACACAGUAUGGAUUUUGGCUAUUUGUCAAAACAUAAUUAUUCGGAUACUUUACGUCGUGCCUCGACAGACACAUUGAUCACACAGGCAAACAACCAAUCAAAUCGUCUACGAUCUGGAAGUUCAGGAUCAUUAUGUCAUAGUGGGGAAGAUAACUUGUCAAGCAGUGGUUCAUCUAGAAGGUUAUCUCCCUUGAGUUCAGUUCACAUGGGUAUAAGUUCGGUUCAACGUAAAUUACAAGAACAAGAAAAGACUAAGAUUGAGUACGAACAACAGGUGCAUGUUUUACGACAACAGUUGGCUGACGCCCAGAUUGUAUUGGAACAAGCAGAAGCUCGUUUAUCAGAACAUGAAGAGACAACCCAUCAGGUAGCAAGAGAAUGGCAACAAAGGUUACAAGAGAGUGAGGAAAGGAUGAGAUUACAACAGGCAGAGAAAGAUGACCAGAUGAAGUCUAUUAUACACAGAUUGGUUUUAAUCGAAGACGAGUUAAAGAAGGAACAAGUUGAGAUGCAACGAGUGGUCAGUGAAAAACAAGCUGUCAUUGAGGCACAGGAGCGAAGAAUAACAACUGUAGACGCGGCCAAUGCUAAGUUAUUACAAGCAUUAAAUGAAUUGAAAGAACGUUAUACUACAACACAACGUAAUGGAAUCCUUGGAUCCAAUCGACCCAAAAUAACGUCUGCUGAGUUGGGAGGUUUUAAAAGCAGUUCUUGUUAACAAUAAAUUAAUUUCAACUCUGUAUUUUUUACUGUUAAAGGAGUAUGUGGAUCGUCAUUCUACAAAAUAUAGUGAAAAUUGUGAAUUUAAAUUAAUAACAAUGUUUGUGACAAGACUGGAGAGGAAUUACAAGAAAUAAAAAAAUUACACAUAUAUCAGUGUAAACACUAUAUGACUUUUAUUUAAACAAUACUUCUAGUUAUCAGAGAUGUUAAUUUGAAGUCUGAAUCUUGUCAACUGGAAUUAUUAUGCACCCACAUAUACAAUGAGUAUAUUGUCAUUACCCUGAUCUGUUCAUUAUCUACAGGGCUGUAGAGGCUUGUGUUUUAUCUGAUAGACAUUUUCUGAUAACUACUUACAGAGUUAUCGCCCUUGAUCAAUUUGAAGAAUCUGGAGGCUUAAAUUAUUAUAAUCAUAUUCACUUGAAAUUUAAACACAGUGUGUACAUGUAAGUCUAAUGAUUAAGAACAAUGUCAGACAGGAACAGCUAAAGUCAUCAUCUGAUUUUGUAUAAUUAAAUUUUAAUUAUUUCUGAUAGAUACUUCAUGGGUUUUGUUUGUACAGCAUUCUGAAUAUUCUAACAACAAAAGUUAUCAUCUGAUUUGUAUGAAAUUUAUGUGCAUUAUGCAUUUUAAUUACUUCUAGUUUAAUGACUCCUGCAUUACUUUGUAAAAACUUGUGACAAGAUUUAUCAUCCAAUUUGUAUGCAAGUCAUCUGCAUUAGCUUAAUUAGUGAAUCUUAUUGAAAUUUCAACAAUACCCAUUUAUUACUUCUACAGUUUACCUCUCUUUGUAGAACCUUACGAAUGCGCUAAUGAUUAAAGUUAUUAUCUGAUAUAUAUGAAAUUCAUAUGCAUUAUUUGAAACGCAGAAACCUAUUACACCAAUUUCUGUUAAUUACUUGUAGAGUUAUGGCCCUUGUUUCACUUUGUAUAAUCUUGUGGGCCCUCUAAUGACAAAAUUUAUCGUCAGAUCUGUAUGCAAUUUAGUGCAUAUUUCAUAUUUGUGAAAUGAGGAAGCUUUUUGAAUUUCAGAUGUGAUGUUAUAGAGUCUAAAGAUUUUGCCUUGUGGACUGUUCAGACCACUACUUGGUAACCUAUCUCUAGUGUCUUGUAAAUGUUCCCAUUACAUGCAAAAGACUAAAUAUGUGAGAACCAAUGUGGACUGAUCGGAUGACUUAGCUCCUCUGGACGAAUGGAGUUCUCAGAUGACGUCAAUCAUGAUACUAUGUUUUGUUGCCUUGCAAUUUAUUAUAAAAAGUAGACGACUCCCAGUGGGAGGAAUUAACAAUAUAUCUUAUCUUUGUAAGUUACCCCUCCCUCUUUAUAUGUUAUGUGUUGACGAAACAUUAAAUCGCUUUCCUUUCUCCAUAAUUAUUUAUCUGGACUUUUUCAUUCACUUUUAAUGUUUACUAUUUUUCCCACUGAUUAUUUGAAAACGAACCUGAAACACGUUAAAAAAUAUGAUGCAGACAUGAUACUGUUUACUUGCUAAAAGAACUGAUGUCUAUGUUUUAUGGUGCCAUAUAUUCAUAUUUUUUGUAAAUAUUUUUAAAAUGAAUUCCAUGAUUAAAAUUUUGUGCAAUAUAUAAUAAUUACCUCUAAUUGAGUAUACAUACGUAAUUUGUAAAAAUGCUUCUUUCAUGUAACUAACCACAGAUCUGGAUUGUAUGGUUGGAAUACUCUCCAAUAUUUUUUGUUGAAUGAUAUCUUGAAGGUGUAAAGUUACUGUCACUGGUACAGAUGAACCCAGACAAAUUUUCUGAUUCAAGAAAGUGUUACAAUCUCAUAGAUGUUACCAUUUAUAUAGGAGCUAACAGUUAUUACUAUUGUUAAUUAAGUACUACGCUGUUUUAAGUAUAUAUUAUAUAGUGGCUAUAUAUAAGACUUUAUAUGAAACAAGUCUUGUUCUUCAGUCAGCUUUUAAACUGUGAAGAACAUUUUGAAAUUGUAUCAUAUUGAAACGUUUUAGUCAUGUGAAUUGAAAAUAUUAAAUUGAAUCAUGUGUUUAUUUAUUAUUAUGUGUAUGUAUUUAUAUUUUUAUUGUAAAAUAUCACAUUCUAUUGUAAAUCAUUUUCAUUGACCAUAUAAGGGCAAAUUUCAAGGAUUACCUAGCAGUUUGUCAUGAGCAUUAGUGUAUAGUCUGCUAUGUAUAUAUGUAUUUUAGGAAGUCAGAGAUAUUGACAUAGAUAUAAAGAUUUUUUUUUGUUAUAAUAAAAAAAAUUGUGCAUCA